GUGGCAACGUUCAGUUCGAUCAGCACAAAGUAGUGAUCUCGUUUUUAAUAAAUAACAAAAUACAUACACAAAUCAGUACCGAUCUGGUGUAUUUAGAAAAAAUAUAUAAUUAAAAAUAUAUUUAAUACAUAAAUAAAGCUAAUUCGAAAUGGCACUGAAGUAUUUGAUUUUCGCCUCCGUUCUUUGCCUUGCCAUCGCAUCACCGAUCGGUCAUUAUUAUGAGGAGCAUGGUGGUUAUGAGGAAAUCGGUGGUGGUCAUGAACUGAGUGGACAUGACCUGGGUGGACAUCAUCAAAUCGAUCGUGUUUCAUUGGGUGAAGAGCACCAUGGUUAUGAGCAUGAAGAGGAGCAUGUGGAUUAUUAUGCUCCACCUAAAUAUGCUUUCAAAUAUGGUGUGAAUGACUUCCACACCGGUGAUGUGAAAUCCCAACAUGAGUCACGCGAUGGAGAUUCCGUCAAAGGUCAAUAUUCGUUAGUCGAGCCCGAUGGCUCCAUUCGUACCGUGGACUACACAGCGGACAAACAUAACGGUUUCAACGCUGUCGUGCACAAAACUUCACCAGUACAUCACGAGGAACAUGGACAUGAAGCACAUUAUUAAAACUAAGUAAAUAAAAGAGACGAAAGCGGAAUAAAAGUGAAAAAUAAGCGAAUAAAAGAAGAAGAAGAAGCAAACAGCAUCAGAAAUGAAGUACUUAAAUAUUCGUAAUAAUGAAAUGGAAUUAGCUAAAUUAUGGCCUGGAAGGAAAGCAUUGAAGGAAACGCACAAACAAACAUUCAACUGUCUAAAUAUUUUCAUUACUCUCACAUUCAUAUUUAAUUACAAAUGUACUUCCACUGCCAGAUCACAACAAGACUAGUAUUUAUAGUUUGAUUUGAAUUUGAAUUUUUUUUUUUCAUUUCUUCUAUUUAUUUCUAUAUAUGUACAUAUGUAUAUGUAUAUCUACUGAGUUCGAUACACUGUGAUAGCGUUAAUAUUCUAACUCAUGCGACUGUUCAUUCGUUACUUUAUACUUAUUUUAUUCAUUUGCCAUUAGCACAUUUGCCAAUUAUCAAUACAACAACACUAUCAUCACCUCUAUAUAUAAUUAUAUGUACGCGUGUAUUCUUAAUUCUAUUUAAUUCUGUACUGAAUUGUCCGAAUGUCAUUAGUCACUAUCUUAUUGUAUUUAACUGUACUUUAACUAACUAAUUACUCAUUAUGCUCAUUGCUUAUAUUAUUAUCACGAGUUGACUCUUAUAAACUGACAAUCCUUACUUUUAACUGAUUUAAAGUGUAUUAAAUGUUCGUUGAAGAGGCGGAGCUCUGCCUCAAAUUAUAGCAA